AUGCCCACCGGUACAUCCUCCCCUGUCAAGCGUCCUGGUCUCGGCCGCCGCGCCGUUUCCUCGCAUGCAGUCAUCACGCGGUCCAACUCCAACGAUCUUUCGCAAUCGCACACAUCCUCUACCACAACCACCUCCACCAAAGCAACCGCCGGCCCCAAAUCUCAUCGUGCACACGUGGUGGGUGGCCAUCGCAGUCAUACACGCAACCCUUCUGUGAAGAACUUGGCCAAGUUGCAGCGCUUCCAACUCCCCGAAACUACCGGACGUCAGCAUCAGCGAAAGAAGUCUGCCCCCGUAACCCCGGUCGCCAGCCCACCCAAAACCCCCGGACAUGUGCGUUGGAAUGAAGAUUUGCACGACCACCCCAAGAAUCAUUCUAUGAAAAGAAACUACUCUACACCUGCGCUCAGACGAAAUCCAUCAGCUACAGGGAAGAAGGCGCUGGUCACUGGAGACCGACCUAUUUCAAGUGGAGGAAAGAAGAAGACGGUCGGUUUUGAGCUAGGUGAUGAUGAUAUUAGCGACGACGCUGAAUGGGAGGAUACCACGCAAUCACCCGAAAGCACUAGACGCAACUCGGUCGCACCAUCAAACCCUAGUUUGGAGAAUCCCCAGGUCUUGAUCGAUCCCCUUACCUUUGUGAAGCGAUCUUACCCGCAAAUGACUCGUGCAACAAGUCUCCCUGACUCGAUUGUCAACAACUUUGUCAGGGAUCAACUUGAUUCGGACGAGGAACAUAUUGAUUCAGACGACGAUCAGCCAAAGAACAAAGAAGCCCGCAACGGCCACGACACAGAAGAUAAUUCUAGCCCUCCAGACGAACGAAGUGAUAUCGCCAACCGGCUACUCGGUCGGUCAUUCUCGGCCAAGGCACCGCCUGCCAUGUCUUCCAUUUCUGCGAUGGCCAAGACAACGGACUCGACUUCGCGCAAUGCUUCCUCUAACAACCUUACCGGCCAAGAUGAUGUACAGCGCACAUUCUCCACCACCAGUCUUGGUUUGGCCAAUAUUGCUGGCAGCCAGCCGAACGCUACUUCAUCAUCUAUGGAAGGCGGCGUCUCAAGAUUCAUCGUUAACAAUAAGGCCCAAGCAUCGUCCCAGGCCGACUCCGAUCCAAAUACUCCAUCCUCGUUUCUCCCUCACUACCACCCUCAAACACCUCCAUCACCCAGCAAGGCCAACCCUACUGCUUCCCCGGCAAAACCACGGGGUGCAGAGCACUCGCGGACCAAUCUGAAGCUCUGGCUUCAACGCACUGCUACUCUUAACAAUUCGCCUCCUGAUAAUCAUGGUGCAUCUACAACCGUUUCUACGGCGGUCAUCGACCCGAUGUUCCAAGCAAAUAGCCAUCAACGACCAGGUACUAGUGCCUAUGACGCCGGUCGCGCCAUGAACGGCGCUGGUGGGGUGAGUGUCCCCGGACAAGACACGGAAGCGCGCCACAUCCGCAAGGCAUAUGACAAGACAUCUCUAGAACUUAUAGUGGUGCGCCGAUUCCAAUCUCCCACGGGAGAUAGUUUCAAUAGACUUCGCACUAUUUCUCGAGCAGCCAAGGCUGUCCCUAGCGUCGAACAAGGGGCCACGUUAGGAAAGCCGGUGAAAUCACCAUCCUUGCCUCUGCUUCAGAAUCGAAAACAGAGUCGGCUGGACUCCAGUGCUGAUUCAAAAUCAUAUCUGCCUGAUCCUCAAUCGUCUACCUCCGAUGAUCAAGCCACCAAUAGUGAAUCCACUGAUGCCGCACAGGCAACAAAGUCCCCGCACCCAUCUCACCGCAUUUUAUCCACUUCAGACGAGGCAACACACAGUAUACCAGGCCAUGAUGAAGAGUUUCCUCCAGUCAAUGAGACUGAUAUGAUGAUGCGCCGCAUGUGGGAGAGUCGAGAAGUGGCUAGUUCGGCCUAA